CCAGCGCUCCCAGUAUCGCUCCCAGCGCAGAGAGGAGGGAAAGAAGGAGGAGCGGGAGGAGGAAGAGGAGGGACUGAGGAGGAAGGAAAGGAGGAGCAGGAGCGCGAGAGGAGGAGGAGCAGGAGGAGGAAGAGGAGGGACAGAGGAAGAGGAGGAGCGGGAGGAAGCGCGGCCGCAUCAGCCCCGGGGCCCGCAGAGCAGGAGCUGAGCAUGGAGAGCAGCGAGGAGUUGGUGGCUGAGGCCGUUUGGAGCGGCUCCACGGCUCGGCAGGGAGAAGCCAACGGGGAGGAGAAGCCGCGGAGAUCCCUGAGCAGGAGGGGCUGCAAAGGCAGAGCGCGGGGAUCCGAGGGGGAAAGAGCCAGCCUGGGCCAUGGAGGGGCUCAGAGAUCCGAGCUGGGGCUCCAUGAGCAGCUCCAGGGUGGGGAGGAGAAGCCCCACAAGUGCUCGGAGUGUGGGAAGAGCUUCAGGUGGAGAUCCUGGCUGAUGCAGCACUGCAGAAUCCACACGGGGGAACGACCCUACGAGUGUGGGGUGUGUGGGAAGAGCUUCAGAACAACCUUUAUCCUGACUGUCCACCUGAGGAACCACAACGGAGAGAGGCCCUACGAGUGUGGGGAGUGCGGGAAGAGCUUCGUGUACAAGCACCACCUGAUUUACCACCAGAGGAGCCACACUGGGGAACGACCCUUCGAGUGUGACCAGUGCCAGAAGAGGUUUGUGAGCAGCUCUGAUCUCGUGCUGCACCAGCGCAUCCACACGGACGAGAGGCCCUUCCAGUGCCCCGACUGCGGGAAGAGCUUCAAAAGCGUUUCCCACCUCAACCAGCACUGGCGAAUCCACACCGGGGAGAGGCCCUACGAGUGUGAUCAGUGCCAGAAGAGGUUCCUGAGCAGCUCUCAGCUCCUCCGUCACCAGCUCAUCCACACCGAGGAAAAGCCGUUCCACUGCCGUGACUGCGGGAAGGGAUUCAGGCGCAACUCCAACCUCAUCGUCCACCGGCGCAUCCACACCGGGGAGAGGCCCUACGAGUGUGAUCAGUGCAGGAAGGGCUUUUACACCUCGUCUGAUCUCCACAAGCACCAGCGCUCACACACGGACGAGAGGCCCUUCCAAUGCCCCGACUGCAAGAAGGGCUUCAAGUGCAACUCUGCCCUCAUCAUCCACCGGCGCAUCCACACUGCAGAGAGACCCUACAAGUGCUCCCAGUGUGAGAGGGCUUCACCUCAAAGAUCCGAGCUGGGGCUCCAUGAGCAGCUCCAGGGUGGGCAGGAGAAGCCCCACAAGUGCUCCGAGUGUGGGAAGAGCUUCACCAGGAGAUCCAGCCUCAACGUCCACCUAAGGAGGCACACGGGGGAACGACCCUACGAGUGUGAGCAAUGCCAGAAGAGGUUUCUGAGCAGCGGUGAGCUCGUGGGGCACCAGCAAUCACACACGGACGAGAGGCCCUUCCAGUGCGCUGACUGCGGGAAGAGCUUCAAAUGCGUCUCCACCCUCAACAGGCACCGGCGCAUCCACACCGGGGAGAGGCCCUAUGAGUGUGAUCAGUGCCAGAAGAGGUUCCUGAGCAGCUCCGACCUCCUCAGCCACCAGCUCAUUCACACCGGGGAGAGGCCGUUCCACUGCCGUGACUGCGGGCAGAGCUUCAGGUGCAACUCCCACCUCAUCGUGCACCGGCGCAUCCACACCGGGGAGAGACCCCACGAGUGUCCCCAGUGUGGGAAGGGCUUCAGAGAGAGCUCCCACGUGACUGCCCACCUGAGGAGCCACGCUGGGGAGAGGCCCUAUGAGUGUCCACAGUGUGGGAAGAGUUUCACCCAGAGCUCCCACCUGACUGUCCACCUCAGAAGCCACACAGGGGAGAGGCCCUACGAGUGUGAUCAGUGCCAGAAGGGCUUUUACACCUCGUCUGAACUCCACAAGCACCAGCGCAUCCACAUGGAUGAGAGGCCCUUCCGCUGUCCUGAUUGUGGGGUGGGAUUCAAAGAGAAGUCAACCCUCGUCACACACAGGAGGUUCCACACUGGAGAGAGACCCUACAAGUGUCCCCAGUGUGGGAAGAACUUCACCACAAGCUCCCACCUGACUGCCCACCUGAGGAGCCACACCGGGGAGAGGCCCUACAAGUGUGAUCAGUGCCAGAAGGGCUUUUACACCUCGUAUAAUCUCCUCCGUCAUCAGCGCAUCCACACAGACGAGAGGCCCUUCCGCUGUCCUGAUUGUGGGGUGGGAUUUAAGCGCAACUCACAUCUGGUCACACACAGGAGGAUCCACACGAGGGAGAGACCCUACAAGUGCUCCGAGUGUGGGAAGAGCUUCACCAGGAGAUCCAGCCUCAAUGUCCACCUAAGGAGGCACACGGGGGAACGACCGUACGAGUGUGAGCAAUGCCAGAAGAGAUUUCUGAGCAGCGGUGAGCUCGUGGGGCACCAGCAAUCACACACAGACGAGAGGCCCUUCCAGUGCCCCGACUGCGGGAAGCGCUUCAAAUGCGUCUCCACCCUCAACAGGCACCGGCGCAUCCACACCGGGGAGAGGCCCUACGAGUGUGGUCAGUGCAAGAAGAGGUUCCUGAGCAGCUGCGACCUCCUCAGCCACCAGCUCAUUCACACCGAGGAGAGGCCGUUCCACUGCCGUGACUGCGGGCAGGGCUUCAGGCAGAACUCCCACGUCAUCGUCCAUCGGCGCAUCCACACUGGGGAGAGACCCCACGAGUGUCCCCAAUGUGGGAAGGGCUUCAGAGAGAGCUCCCACCUGACCGCCCACCUGAGGAGCCACACUGGGGAGAGGCCCUAUGAUUGUCCCCAGUGUGGGAAGAGUUUCAUCCAGAGCUCACACCUGACUGUCCACCUCAGAAUCCACACAGGGGAGAGGCCCUACGAGUGUGAUCAGUGCCAGAAGGGCUUUUACACCUCGUCUGAACUCCUCAAGCACCAGCGCAUCCACAUGGACGAGAGGCCCUUCCGCUGUCCCGAUUGUGGGGUGGGAUUCAAAGAGAAGUCAACCCUCGUCACACACAGGAGGAUCCACACUGGAGAGAGACCCUACAAGUGUCCCCAGUGUGGGAAGAAUUUCACCACAAGCUCCCACCUGACUGCCCACCUGAGGAGCCACACCGGGGAGAGGCCCUACGAGUGUGAUCAGUGCCAGAAGGGCUUUUACACCUCGUAUCAUCUCCUCCGUCAUCAGCGCAUCCACACGGACGAGAGACCCUUCCGCUGUCCCGAUUGUGGGGUGGGAUUUAAGCGGAACUCAAAUCUGGUCACACACAGGCGGAUCCACACGGGGGAGAGACCCUAGAAGCGUCUCUAGUGUGGGAAGGGCUUCACCCAGAGCUCCAGCCUGACUUUGCACCUGAGAAGCCACACCGGGGAGAGGCCCUACGAGUGUGAUCAGUGCCAGAAGGGCUUUUACACCUCGUCUGAUCUCCGUCACCAGCGCAUCACAGAUCAGAAACAGCUUCCGCUGUCCUGA